AAGAUUCUACGGAAGUACCCGGUGAUGGUGUUCAUUCAUGGGGAGAGUUUUGAAUGGAACAGCGGCAACCCCUACGACGGUACUAUAUUGGCAGCUUAUGGCAACAUCGUCUUUGUCACUAUAAACUUCCGUCUAGGCAUCCUGGGUUUCUUGAGACCCGGAACCAGGGACGACGCAGCGAGCAAUUUUGGCUUGCUGGAUCAAAUAGCCGCUCUGCUUUGGCUGCGAGAGAACAUCGCUGAUUUUGGUGGCGAUCCGAACAGCAUUACGCUGGUCGGCCACGGUACCGGUGCCAUUUUCGCUAAUCUACUGCUUAUCAGCCCGGUGGCUAAUAAGAAAGGUUUCUUCAAGCGGGCUAUUCUGAUGUCUGGAUCGGCGUUAAGCGCCGAUGCUAUCGGGAAAGCUCCCCUGCAGAUCACCAAACAGGUGGCGCACGCCCUGCACUGUCCCACCACGACUGACAGUGACCUGGCGUUCUGUUUGCGCAACCAAGAUGUGAACACUCUGUUGAACGUGAAGAUCCACAAGCCGAAUUACGUCCCUGCCUUCGCUCCACUGAUCGACAACGUGGUUAUCCCCGACAAGCCCGCGAAUCUGAUGAAAAAUCCUGACUUGAUCGGCAGGUUCGAUCUGAUGUACGGUGUCACGGAAUCGGAGAAGUUCCACAUUUUACCGCCGGUUGCUCUGCUUCACGGGGUGCAGGACGGGCAGAGGGACGAGAUUUUAAGGGAACACGCCAAGGCGACGCACGAACUGGAAGCGGAACUAAUUCUGUCAAAGAUUCUGGAACAAUACGGCGAUUUCUCGGCCGGCUUGACGACCGAGUACACCCUGAGGAAUCGAGACCUCGUGCUGGAGGCGCUCUCUGACAGCGGCACCGUCGCGCCAUUAAUAAUGACCGCGAAUUUGCAUUCGAGAGCAAAUCCGAAGAGCUACAUGUACGUCUUCUCGCAUCCGAAAGCGAUGCAGGAGUACUCCGGCCAACAACGUCAGCGCACCGUCCACGGCGAGGAGUUGCCCUAUGUGCUGGGCGUGCCUCUCGACGGCAGCAAAUACGACCUGCGUCGCCGAUACAAUAUCGGCGAAACUCUCUUCUCCGAAGCCAUGAUGAACUGGUGGUGUAGCUUCGCCUAUGUGGGGAACCCCAACAUCGCGAAGAGGUAUCCUUACCUGACUGAUGGGCUGAAGGAAUGGGGCCAGUACGAGAUUGAUUGGCCCGAGUAUGAUCCUCAGAAUCAAACCUAUCUGAACCUUACGAUUCCACCGAGCACGGGUAUGCAGUACCGAUUUGCAGAGAUGCAAUUCUGGAACGAGCACCUGCCUAACCUGCUCCGCCAUCCUGGCAAAGACAUACCGUUCCCGAAUCGACCAAAAGGAACGAGACCGCAGUUUCUCGACACCGUAGAUGGGAUUGGAAAGUACGCGAAUGCGAGUAGGGAAUAUGACAGCAGCGGUACCAGUUUCAAGGAGACUGAUCGUCACCAACCAGAGUUCAGCGUUCCGGAUGACAGCACAACCGCCCCAGACGCUACGACGUCCUCUCAAUCGGACGGAGAAGUAAUCCCACAGCCAAGCACGCCAAAGAGUUCCUCAGUAAUCACUAUGCUGACCGGUUUCGGAAUUUUGUUCCUCUUCAUCAACUUCACCGCGUUCCUCUAUCUCUAUUGCAAGAAGCAAGAGGCAAAGUCGAAAGGGACGGGAUUGAAGAGACGCGUCAGUCAGAAGGAGGACUCGAAACGGACGAAAUCGGACAAGUAUGAGAAUCACUAUGGAGAGCUGGGCUACAAAAGCGACAGUAAGCCGGACCUGAACGACGUGAUAAAGAACGACAAGGCUUACGACAACAACUCGAAUUUCGGUAGACGCUCGAAACUGUCCAGACAGAACUCUGGUUCCACUAUUGACACUCACGUCAAGGUUAGGGAGUGGAUACAGCAGGAGAUCGUGCACAGAUGUUCCCCUAGAUUUCUCAGGAAGACGAGAGAAACUCUGCAAAAGGAGCACGAGGACAAGCUAACGAAACAACAAGAAGAGGAGCAGAAGAGGCUGGAGGAGGAAUUGUCGAAGGAGAGGAAGGAAGAGCCGAUUUACGACAAAGACCCGGCCCUGGUGAUACGCCCUGGCAAGAAAUCAAAGGUCCCAAAGGUUUCCGUGGCCAUCGACGCCACACCCGCGACCAGGACCGAAUCGAUCCUGAACCAGAUUCCCAUCGAACUGGCGAAGAGCGUCGAACCGGACGAAUCGUUCGACAAGAGCAUCGAGUAUUCCAUGAUCGAUCCUAGCCAGUUGCAGACGGCUCCUCAGGUGGUUGUCAUAGAACACCAUCACUCAAAGAGCGACCCCUUGCCGAUGGAAAACGUGUUGAGGAGCGUGAAACCGAACUUCUCCACACCUAGAAUCUACGAGUCGGAUUCUGGGAGCGCCAGUAGUCUAUACGCGAAGAUUAACCCGAAGUUGAAAUCCCGCUUACCUCGCGUCGAGUUGGCAGUGAAUCCUGAUGGAUCGGCCGUGGACCAGAGCGAGGAAAUUUACAUGAAGAUGGGACCAAAGUUGACCACGUUCGGUGUGAACAGUCCGUCAGGCUGCGAUAUAAACGUAACCUGCAGGGAACCCACUGUGGAAAGGGAAUGCAUCAGCCCGGAGGAAGCCCUGAGGACGAUCAAGCGCAGAAACUAUCCCAAAGUUCUGCCAGACAUCGAGAAAAGACGAUCCCUCCCGGCGCCUAGCAGCUUGUUUGCUUCCAAGCAGCAUGCCGGUUCGUUGAAGGAUUAUAGAAGCGGAUUGCAUUCAUCGUCGUCCUCUCAUCAACCACCUCAACCCCCGCCGAGGAUGUUUGGCCCGUCCAAGAGUUUGGAGUUUGCGGAGGAGAACGAGAGUCAGUACGAAACGGAGACGGUCACUACUAAUCUGCACGUUGGUCCGUUGCUCAGAAGACAAGAAUAUUCGACCAAGAACAAUUCCGAUCCGAGUAUCAUUGACUCUCUGGAUGACAGGGUGGACAGGACCAGGACGCAAGGCGGCGGAAGUGUUGACACGAUUUAUUCGAGUCCCGUGUGUGCCGUUCACGAGAUGGGCCAACCGAUCUCCCAGAGCAUGGACACGAACAUAGGAUACCCGAUUACCCUGCUGGAGGCAGGGAUCGGUAAUCCUAACUGGUACAAAUCGUCGCCAUCUGGCAACGAAGCUUCCACAUUGACAGCGUCCUCCGAACCAAGGAUCAUCGGCAGAGAGAUGGACAGACAGCCUCAAUUCGGGGGCUCGAACUGGGACACCAGAAUCCCCGGUAUGGAACCAAGAAUCGUUAUCACACCCCGAGUUGGGAAUCUUCUGGGGCAAGCGAAUCAGAGCUUGAGCCAGACCGUGGUGAAUCUAGGGGAAACCGUUUCCGACGACAGGCUAGAUCGAGAAAUUAAAACUGGCACUCCGUUGGAAUCGAACACGUCCAGCCGAUCCAAUACCAGCUCGGUGGAACAAUUGCAAUCGGACUCGUUGACUUCGUACUCCUCGGCAGAGUGCAGAUUGCAGAGCCUCGCCGGCCAGGAACGAAAGGAGCCGCGAAUAAUAAUUACACCGAGGGACACCAAGGGUUCGUCGUCGAGCUUGAAGCAGCCCAAGAUCAUCAUCAAACCGACGUCCAGUUUGCAAAGGACAAGGGAUCACAGGAAUAUCCCCAAAGUAUCGGCCAUUCCACCCCCGGAGCAGAGCAGUCAGAGUAUCGACAGGGACAAGCCAGCGGAGCCGAGGGAAAAGCCACCGCUGAAGGAAAAGCCGAAGGUCACAAGGAUCCCGUCGUUUUCCAGGCGCAAGGAGGAGCCUCCGGGUGGAAUCGAGAGACCGCCCAUACCCUCGUAUCCCGAGAAAACGGAAAUCGUGCAUAGGGUGGAGGCGGUGGCCGCCGGCAAAGUGGUGAACGUGUCCGUGGCCUGCGAUGGCAAGUCGAGCAUUCCGACGUUGCAGCGGAUGGAGAGCGAGAAGUGUUCGAGCACGGAGUCGAGCAACGGGGCCUUGAAUACGGGUACGAUCAAAAAGAAGCCGGCGAGCAGGAAGUAG